UGGGCGCGCUGCGGAGCGGAGCGGGCGGGCAGGCAGGCGGGGCGAGGGCCGCCCGCCACCUCAGGGCCGGGCGGGCCGUGUUUCGAGGAGGCCUGGCACUCGGCGACCCGCCGGAAGGCUCCAGGAGCGGCCCGCGGCGCCGCCGUGAUGGAAGGUGAGGAGGCCUCUAUCCUGGCGGUGGAGUUCGCGUAGGGCAAGGGGGAUCCAAAUGUGGCAGAGGCGAGCAGGAGGCAGCGGCGGCGGAGGGGGGCAAACGAGACAAGGGGAGCGGCCGUCCCCGCUGCCACCGCAGAGGAGCUGAGCGGCCUGGCCAGGCAGAGAGCCGCGGCUGCAGCGCUGGCACCCCUGGGCCGCCCGCCUGGUACCCCCGGACGCCCGUCCCGCCGGCAGAGUAGUGUAAUUGAAUGUGCAUCUUCUACAUUCAAGGAAGGACAAAUUCAUGAUUGAAUGGUGGAUUAAUAAGUAGCUGUCUUAUUCCAAGAGUAAGAAGAUAUCCUGGGAGUUGGAAAGAACUGGAUUUUCACCCUAGUCCAGCAGCUUUGCUGCUCACUUAAACACAGAUGAAUGAAGACCCCAUUUGGAAAAUCACCAGGUCAGCGGUCCAGAGCUGAUGCAGGUCAUGCAGGAGUGUCUGCCAGCAUGAUGAAGAAAAGAACUUCCCACAAAAAGCAUAGAAACAAUGUGGGACCAAGCAAACCUAUUUCCCAGCCACGAAGAAAUAUUGUAGGCUGCAGAAUACAGCAUGGAUGGAAAGAAGGGAGUGGACCUGUAACACAAUGGAAGGGCACGGUUCUUGAUCAAGUUCCUGUAAAUCCUUCUCUCUAUCUUAUAAAGUAUGAUGGAUUUGACUGUGUGUAUGGACUAGAACUGCACAAAGAUGAAAGAGUUUCAGCGCUUGAAGUUCUUCCAGACAGAGUUGCUUCAUCUCGAAUUACUGAUGCCCACCUGGCAGACACAAUGAUUGGUAAAGCUGUGGAACAUAUGUUUGAGACAGAGGAUGGCUCAAAAGAUGAAUGGAGGGGUAUGGUUUUGGCUCGAGCUCCUAUUAUGAACACAUGGUUUUAUAUUACCUACGAAUGAUUCACCUCCUGCAGAACGGGAACCAGGUGAAGUUGUGGACAGCCUGGUAGGCAAACAAGUGGAAUAUGCCAAAGAAGACGGCUCAAAAAGGACUGGCAUGGUCAUUCAUCAAGUUGAAGCCAAACCAUCUGUCUAUUUCAUCAAGUUUGAUGAUGAUUUCCAUAUUUAUGUCUACGAUUUGGUGAAGACAUCUUAGACAUCAUUGUGAACUUUUGCCAAAUUUGUGGAACUAUUAAAUGUAAAAUUUGUAGACAAAGACUUGACUGCUUUCCAGUUUAAUGAAAGCUUAAAUGUCCCUGCGAACCCACAAUCUCUGCCAGCAAAACUGUUUUGUUCUGAGUAAUAUAAACAAACGUGACACAUUUUGCAUAAGAGAACUCCUUUUCUUGAAGGAAGUCAGUAUAUUUGGGCAGGAGGGAGUUAAAAGCAAAGAACAGCUGCAAAUUCAAGCUGUGUAAAGUUGAUCUAGUAUUUUAAUCAUUAAUCUAAAUUUCUUUCGUAGAUUUUAACUUUUUCUUCAACCUUGCACUCACUUGUUCAACUGCCACAUGCAAGUGUAGUUUGGUAUUUUGAUAUGCCUUCUUUUGUAAUGUUAAAUUUUAUUUCUUGGCUAUUGGCAGUCCUUGUUUUCAGGGUUGGGACAGAGGUGACUUUUCUGAAAGGUUUAAACAGUUUGUGCAGCAUUGAGGAGUGCCUAACCCAAAUAACAUCAAUCUGCUGUGUUUCUACACUUUAUUUCAGGUUUAGCUUUUUAAGAGCUUGCAGUACAUCAAAAUACUCGUGCAUUUUUACUAGUUACAGGGCAGUAGGAUAUCAAGUGUUUGACUUAUGCACCUUUCAGUGAAAAGGCUUUAAACUAUAAAAAUACAUUUAAUCUGUAUAACCAGUUAAUUAGAAAAUGCAGGUUAAUGCCCCAUAUUUACAAGUCAUAGAAACCAGUAAAAUACAUGUGACAAGGCUGCCUUCAAUCCUAAAUGUUGUACUUUUCUUUGUUUGUUAUACACACUUAGCAAAACCCAAGUGCUUGGUGCCACAACUUUUUAACAGUAUAUAUGCUACUUCAGAAGACUUUAGACUACACAUUGGCAAUCAGUAGUCUCUCAUUUAAUAACAAAACCUAGCAACCUGAAUGUUUGUGUGUGGACUUAGAAGCCUAACAGUAGUUAAUACGUUACAUGGUAAAUACAAUCUCAUACCGGGGGGUGGGAGGAUUUGUUCUUACACGUUGAAGACUUAGAGAAGGAGAAGCAUUUGUUGCCUUCUACUCAGUCUGUUUCAUUCCUUUGUUUGUUUUGGUUUUAACCACUUUGGGUUCAAGAAGGCAUCUUCCAAAUUUAUUUUUUUUUCUGGCUUUUCCACAUAAGGAGUGUCUGGACAAAUCUACAGCUUAUACCUGUUGUUGCCUUUUGUGGUGUACAUUGUACUUGCUUUGAGGUAUGCUGUUAACGUGAAUUUCAUUCUGUGAACACUAGAGUUCUGCAUGCCAGUUGUGUACUAUCUAAUGGAAGCUAUAGGCAGUCUCAGUGGUCCAGUCAUCUGCAUUAGAUUGUGGAUGUAAAUAGCAGCCCACAACAGCAAAAUCCUUUCACGGUUUUAAUCUUGCAAGAUAAUUUAAAAUGAAAAUUAGGGUUUUGAAGUGUGGCAGCUUUUAAAAGUAUCAGAAUUGCAACAAUGAUCAGCACAGCAACAGAAUUGUCGUGUUACAUAAAGGCAGAGCUCUGCAAGUUUCAAAGAACUGCUUCACAGAAGUACAGUAUGUGAAGACAGUCAACACUGUUGAUGGAAGGAACAAAUACUCUGAUAUCCAACCGUAUGCCAUUAGUGGAAGGAUGCAGGAGAGGUGCUGUUAAUCAGAGAUCGGAGGUCCAGAUGACCUCUGUUGUGGGUAUUCUUGAUAUUGAAGACUCAGUGGUUUAAGCCCCUUUCUGUCCAUUUUUUUGCCUGAUUUUAUAUUUUAGCCUUAAGGCUUGUGCCUCAUUAUGCUGUUGAAUGGUAAUAAAUACUCUCCAUAUAAAUAUGAUACCUUAAUUCUUUGUCCAUUGCUACUAUAUUGCAUUAUGUCCAGUAUUUCAUCAUGGGCAACCAAAGGCAGGCUAUUGUCUUGCAGCGAAUAGCUUCUCAAUGCAGUCCUUAAGCACUAAGUACCUGAGUCGUAAAUGUUCCUUGUGUUUUGAACAAAGUGAGCAGAUUUGCAACAGUGUUUUCAUCCUGCAGAUCUGUUAUGUGUCUUCUAUUGACUCUUAAGAGUCCUGCAUGUAAAUCUCAAAGCUGAGCCUGGCUCCAUGAGCCCAAGUUGAUAUUUGUGGCACAAGAAUGAGUGAGUGUAUUGAUUAUACUCAAGAUACAUGAAUAACGUAGUACACUGAACUUUGGGCUAUAUAUCUGAGGAAUACAAGGUUUGUUUUGAAAUAUCUGAGGUUUAGGUCUACUGGAACAUUUUUAGCAUUAGGCUUGCAUUUGUGGGUUUUCUGCAAGCCUCUUGAAUACACCAUGGAUUCUGCCAAUUCGAGUAUAAUCUGUAAACUUCAUGGUUGUUUUUAGGUGUCUCCCUGUUGUCUGUUGCGUGGCUAUUACUCUUCAUCUUUCUUUCUUUCUUUUUUUUUUUUUUUGUUUGUUGAUAGCUUAAACCACCUUUUUGAGGCUUGAGACUAAUUCCACUCCCUGCCCAUCUGCUUUGGGCUUUGUUUUAGGCUCAUGUUUCAGAUCUGCAUGCAGUGCUUGCGUUACCCUGGUAACUAAAUGUUGGUUCCUUGUUAUAGGGGUUCAACAUUACUUUCCAAAAUCACAUAGGGCUUGUGAUGGCACAGGCCAUAGAUCUUUGUAUAAAAGUUACCGCCUUUCACAUUUACCUGCUGUAGUAUUGUUGUAUAUUGUGUGUGUGUGUGUGUGUGUGACGUCAGGCUGCCAUGUAAAACUUUUUAAAAGGGAAAAAAAAAACACCUUAAAUGCAGACCAUCCUUUUUUGCAUGCUUAGAGGUUAGAACAUUCAGUGUAACAGACUAAAGUUGCAUGUUAAAAUGUUUAGGUUUUUGUUUUGUUCUGUUCUUUAUUUUGUGUUCAGUUUUUUGUGAAUUUGCUUAUUGUGCUGUUUUAAUGGUUGUUAGUAGGAUUAAAUACACCGGUGAGACGAGCAUAGUGCCAACAGAAGGUAAUUUUCUAGUUGUAUGUGUUAUACAGCAUUUGAAGGGACCAUGUAUUCUGUUAAAGAAAAAAUAAAAUCACAGUUGGUUAGCAAAACACUACAUUUUUCUUCUUUCUUUUGAGUGCCAAACCCUAAACUAUGUUGGAGUAGACUGGGGAAAACCCUUUUUAUUGCAACAGGUAGAAACCUUCUUUAAAUGAAUUAUGUGAAAUUAGAGGCUUUAUGAAAUUGAGUAAUUGCUUCAGCAAAAAGAAUUAUGGUAAAAACAGUUCCUGGUUCCUUGAAAAUGCUGUGCUUUUUGUAUUUUACAUCAUUAGUGCAAUUUGGAUGGUUCUUGGUAUGUGUAUAGUUCAAAGGUCUUCGUGUUCACAUUUUUAAAUUAGGUAAUGACUUCAUCUUUAGAGCUUGGUUUCAUUAUUUUUAUUUUAUUUUGAACAAUGUAGACAGUUCCCUGUUCUCUGCAUUUAGAAGUAUAAACACUUUAAAUCUGUUACUUAAUUCUGUAAGUAAUUUUUAUAAUUAUGAUGUAACUCUAUCCUUAAAACAUUUAAAAUAAACCCUUUAUGUGCAACUUA